AUGCCGGUGACGCGGCGCGGGCGCUCGGGCGGGACGCUGCUGGCAGCGAGCGGUGGCUGGGUGACGUCACCAGGGGAGGAGGUGUCGUGGGUGCGGUCGAGCGACCUGCAGAUCCUGGUGCACGGCGGCGCGGUGUUCACGGCGGACGGCCGCGUGUCCGUGCCGGCGCUGGCGCCGCGCCUGCACGGGCUGACCAUCGCGCGGCUGCGGGCCGCCGACGCCGGCCGCUACGAGUGCCAGCUCAACACCGAGCCCAAGUCCAACCUCUUCUUCGACCUCACCGUGCUCGACGAAGCGGAGGCGGCGGUGGAGACCACGACGGAGGCGGCGUGGGAGCCCGCGGAGGCGGCGGUAGCGCUGUGGGCGCUGGGCGGCGGCGACGUGUGGGCGGCGCGGGGCGCGGCGGCGCUGCUGGCGUGCGCGGCCACGCGGGCGGGGCCGGCGCCGCCGCGGGCGCCGCCGCUCGACAUCCGCUGGCUGCGCGGCGGGCAGCCGCUCGUGCUGCAGGACGGGGACUCGAUGGAGCGGUCCGUGGAGCGGGCGCGCGCGACGUCCCGGCUGCGGCUGGCGGCGCCGCGGCCGCGGGACGAGGGCGAGUACACCUGCGUGGCCGCCGGCCACCGCGCCACGCUGCGGCUGCAUCUUCGCGACGAAGAAAAUAUGGGAGAGAUGGAGGCGAUGCAGCGCGACCAGUCCGCGGGCGGCGGCGCAGGCGCGGCGCGGCCGGCGUGGGCCGCGGCGCUCGCUGCUGUCAUGCUGCCGAGGGUCGCCCUCGUGGCCCUUUGAUACCCCUGAACCCCGCUCUUACGUUCUGUAUAUUUUGCUACUGUAAAUAUUGUACAUAUUCAUCCUAUUAAUAUAUAGUUAUUUAAUUAA